UUGAAGCGGCUGACUGUGGGCGCUUUGAAAAUGAAAACAAACCUUUUUUUAGCUAGCUUCUUUUCUGCGUUGUUCGGCGGCUCAAAUAACUUGAUUUACAGCUCACAGUUUAUGGAGAAGAUAAAGCGACAUGUCGGUGAAUAAAAACACGAAGAGGCGGGAAACUGAGGAGUUUAUCAGAAUAGGGAAGUGCAAGUGUUAGCAUCACUAGCUAGCUAGCUAACUGAUAUUUUCACUGGGAAGUGAUGUGUAGACUUUGAGAGAUGACAUUGCUGGUUUCCUUUAAAUGUGUUAGGAAUAAAUUAAAGUGUUCCUCCGUCACCGUGGAUCUUUUUUAGUUUCCCGAAAACAACAUCAGUUCAUCAUGAACCAGCUCUGUUAGCAGGCAGACAGUCCGAGCAGGGAGACAUGCUUCCAAGGACUUUUAAUGUGUGAAACAGAAGAAGGACGCCAUCAUGGAUGACUCGGACCAGGACUUUGCAGAUCUCUGCUCAAAGCUGCUGAAAAGAGUCCGCAAGAGACCAGGUGAGUCCAGACAGGUGCGGAGACAAGAGCAGCUGCAGCCCUCCAGUCAGGCAGUGAGUAGGGACAAGACCAGGAGGAAUAACAGGAGACACGGAGAAACCGGGUCCAGGAGUGCAGAGACGCAGCCUGUGUCUGAAGGUGCAGGAGAUGCAGGAGGAGAUCAGCCUGUGUCUGAAGGUGCAGGAGAUGCAGGAGGAGAUCAGCCUGUGUCUGAAGGUGCAGGAGAUGCAGGAGGAGAUCAGCCUGUGUCUGAGGGUGCAGGAGGAGAUCAGCCUGUGUCUGAGGGUGCAGGAGGAGAUGAAGGAGGAGAUCAGACUGUGUCUAAAGAUGAAGGAGGAGAUCAGCCUACAUCUGAAGCUGCAGCAGCAGACCGAAGAGACGAGAGAGGAUUGUUGGCUAAAGACAAAGUCCUCCUCAGGAUGCAACAGUUCAAGAGAGCAGAUCCUCCAAGGAUGGUGCAUAAGAGUCAAACAGGGACGCGUGAGAGCGACUGCGAUCCUCCAUCGGCACUAAGAGGAGGCCUCUCCUCUGAGCCCCUGGACAGUGACGAAGCUCUGGCUCUGCGCCUGCAGCAGGAGCUGGACAUGGAGGCAGCAGAGUCUCGGACUGUGGACCUGGAGGAGGGAGGACUCUUCUUCUGUCAGAUCUGCCACAGAGACCUGUCUCACAUGACCCCAGAGGGGCGCAUGCAGCACCUCAACAGGUGUUUGGAUGAGAGUGAACAAGGCGCCCAGGCACUUGCUCCUCCUCCUGGUGUCCCUGAAUGUCCGAUCUGUGGCAAGAAGUUCAAGUCCCAGAAGAGUCGCUCAGCCCACCUGAAGCGCUGCUCUGCAGAUUUAGGCGUCCCUCCAGCUGUGCUGCUGCAGGCUGUGCAGAGACAAGCUGAGGAGAACCAGAACGUCCCGACUGCACACACACUCACACAAACUGGAGGAACCAAAAGAAAAGGUUCGUCCAAGCCGGGUCUCCCAGCGAGGAAGAAGCCCAGGAAGAAGACUGAUCCCCAGGACGAGGACACCAUGGUGGCCUUGGCUCUGUCGUCCUCCCUGCUGGAGCUGGAGAAGGAGCAUCAAGGAGAGAGAGAGUCAGAGAGAGCAGAGGCCGCUCCCGAGCACACCGCUGUGACUUCAGGGCUGAAGUGGAGGUCAGACACAGGUAAGGGGCGUGGAAAGAGGAAAAAGGGCGCAGCCCCUCGCCCUCCUCUGCUCCUCCUCGUUCAGGAUGCUAACACUGCUCUGACAAGGCUGCAGGACCGUGUUUCUGCUCUCCUGCUGCAGGGUCGGUCCCCCUCCCCACCCACCCCGACCCGCUGCCCCAGUAGUCUGCCCGGCUGGACCGGUGCUGCCCCCCUCUGGCAGAAGAGCACGCUGCAGGAUGGAGGCUCCACUUGUCUGUCUGAUUUCUACACGCCAGAGCUCAGAGAGUUCAUCACGCCUACGGAAUCAGCAGCGACUGACUCCGCCUCCUGCAGCACCAUCACUAAGCCCGAGUCCUCGGUGCGAGCUGCGGCUGAAGGAACUCCUCUCACAGGAACCCGGGCCUCUGUCCUGCCGUCCUCCUCCCAGACGGCGUCCGACUCCCCGACUCCCUCCACCCCGUGGACAGGAGCGCUCCCGGUGGGCAGCCAGGCGCUCCGGGACCUGAUGGAGCUGGCUGAGGACGGCAUGACCCUGACCCAGUGUGGCUACACGGCUUCAGGCUCUGACGGUAAAAGUGCCGCUCGGAUCACAAACCUCCGUCUGAGCGGCUUCGUCCUGGACGAGUCGGAGGAGCACGCCGACCUCCUUACAGCGGGAACACACACAGGCCAGCGCUGGAGGAGGAAGAGCGAUGAGCCAGGAUCAAAUAAAGAGCGAUCAGUAAGAACUGUUCAGUUCUCCAGACUGGCGUCAGACCUGAGCAGCAUGGUGAACAACCCUCAGCUCAGCGAUGUGCAGCUGCAGGUGGACAGUGGAGACGUCUUCUUUGCUCAUUCCUUCAUGGUGUACGCUCGCUGCCCCCUGCUGGCACAAAUGGUACAUGAAAGCGGGUUUGGGGUGCAGGAGGAAGGCGUGCCUGCAGCUCAAAGGGUGCUGAUCAGUGACGUCCCGGGACAGGCUGUGUUAGCUUUGCUACGCUACAUCUACUCAGCCCACUGCUGCGUCCCAGGUCCUCUGAGGCCUCAUGUCCGAGAGCUGGCAUCCAGGUUUGACCUUCAGGAGCUGCAGCAGCUUUGUGAGCUCCACAGAGAGGAUGCAGCAGCUGAAGGAGACGAGGAGGAGGACAUCAACAACCGAACAGAGCAGGCUCUGGUGGAGCUGCUCCGCUCCAUGUGGAACGAGGAGGAUGCAGAAGAAGAAGAGGGUGCAGACACGGACAGAGAAGGGGAGGGAAAGGAAGCGUUGGAAGAGGAUCAUCAAAGUGACGACCUUGCUGCAGCUGACGCAGACAUCCAUGAGGAGAAAGUGAACGAGGAGGAGCUAGAGGAGAUCUAUGAGUUUGCCGCCACGCAGAGGAAGAGAGAGGGCGAGCAAGACGGCGUGGAGGAGGAAGAGGAGAGGGCUGAUGAGGAGGAAGAAGAAGGGUUCACAAAACUGACAGAACCAAGAAGAAGUGUGAAAAACCUGAAGCAGAACUCUCAACUUAAACCAGACCUGAGCCUGGACCGCAGCUACAGCCGCCUCUUCUCAGACUCCUGGGGCGUCUACGAGUCCUCCGCUGUGCCCUCCAGUUCUGCCAGGACACACGUCCCUCAAUCCCAACACCACCAGUCCCCUCUUAAACCCACAUCCGACCUGUCUGGCAGAACUCUGCUCCAGUCUUCAGGGAGUGUAGUCGAAGAGAAUUCUCUCAGCCCUACAUUCAGUUCCUCCAACCUGCCUGUCCCGGGUCAGUCCCCUGGUUUACUGUUUGACUUAGGAAGACCGAAUCCAGCAGAAUCUGUUCCCUUGAAGGGAGAAAGCCAUGGUCCUCAAAGUAUCUGUGCCCCUCUUUCCCUUCCUCUUGUGCAUCAGAAGAAGAAGGAGCCUGAGCUCAUAGUUUUGUCCGACUCGAGCGAGGAAAUGGAUGAAGAAGUUUUUUGUCCCCGUAGUCCAUCGCAGCGGUCUCCUGGUGCAGAGUACGACCUGCAGAGCUCCCACGCCCAGUUUAAACCUCAGCAGGUUCUUCAAAAUGAUGAACCCAGCCUGGAGAAGAAAAGCUCCAUGAGUUCAGACUUUAGUCCUGAUCAAGCGCCUGCAGCUCCAGGUCAAAGUUAUUCAGCGGACGGUUCUCCUGAAGUCUCGUGGCUGAUCCCGUCCACACCGCUCCAGCGGAGCACCACGAGCAGCUCCACUCAGACCAGAAGCAGCAUGUGCAGGACUCAGCUGUUCCCUAAACAAGACUCUUCAUCAUCAUCAUCACCUGUUUUCUCUUCUCCUGCCUUACUCUUUAAGAAAAGUCCAACCAGAGUGUCUGCCCUUGUUGGCCCAGCAGAGGGCGGCGUUCCCCGAGUAAAACAGGAGGCGGAGUCCUGCAGCUCUGGUUCUGACCUCAAACUGAGUUCAGAAAGAACCAGUGGUUGUGAUCUGAAUACAGGUAGAGAUGUUUUUACAUUCCCCAACAGACACACUAAAACAUCACACCUUUCAGUCUCUACUUCCUCAAAGCAGGACACACCUGUUCACCCUCACCUGCAGCCCUACAGCAGCAGCACUCCUCUGCACACACAGAUCAACCUCCCCCCUGCUUAUCCAGCCGAGUCUCCGCUCCACAGCAGCGAGAACAAACACAGGUCAACAAGUGAAGAAAGGCAGGCGGAGCCAAUAGAGAGCCCCGAGAAGACAGAGCUAGGGAGCUUUCAUCUGUCUGAGCCGUCAGACUCACCUUCCUGUAGAGGUCACCAGAGGUCACACAGCGCCUCAGAGCCUGAGCUGACAAGUCCAGGAAGAAGACAUGAGGAAGAAGAAGUGGAGAGAGAGAGUGAUGAUCGAGAGCAGGAAGAAGCUAAAACGGACGCUAACGAGGCCGAUUUCAUGGUCAUGGACGAGCCUCCCAUCGCUUUCAACGACUCGUGGGGCCUCGACGCCUGCGCAGAGGCAAACCCCCCGGGGUGCUUCAGUCUGAGGCUGGAGGACAGCGGAGGAUCCAGCCUGCAGGACCAGAGCACAGGACCAGGAAAAACACCCGGGUCAUCUUCGUCUACUGACUGUCAGCCUUCACCGGCUGCUCUCGGUGCCCGCUCGCCACAGAGUCGUGGCGCCGUGAGUAACUUUCCUUCAUCCAAAGCUCACAGCGCACAACCAUGUGACCAGCCCACACCAGAGACCAACAGCCUCCUGGACUCUAAGAUAUGGGACAGCUGGCAGGAGGACCAAGAGGAGGCUCUUCCUCUCUCUCAGAGGCUCCUCCCCUCUGCUCAGCUCAAAACACCAGCCGCAACAUCGCACAAUAAAAGGCGCCGCACCAUGGUCCCCAUCACCCCGAUGCCGCACUACUCUGACAUGGACACUCCGGACCUGAAGACCAAACUCAACAGGUUUGGCGUUCGACCUUUACCGAAACGCCAGAUGAUCCUCAAACUGAAGGAGAUCCACCAGUACACCCACCAGCUGGUCCACUCCGACUCUGAUGGCGAGGCCCCCUCUGUGGGCGGGGCGGCUCAGGUGAAGCCCCCGCCCAGCAGCUCGUCCACCGCUGGCAGCAGCAGACCGGCAUCCUGCGCCCAGACGGUGAGGUUUACAGAGCCCAGAGCGCCCGCCGACACCUCCCCUCUGAAACACGGCGGAGGGGAGGCGGAGCUUCUGUCGGCCUCGCAGGGCUCCAACACAUCAUCGACUGCAGAAGAGUCCGAGAGGUCAAACCCAGAGCUGUGCGUCUCCUCAGAGGGCGACUCAGACAGCGACGGCGGCAUCUCUGCCUCCCAGGUGGCGUCCCGCCUUCAGGAUCGCCUCCAGGCGGUGCGCUCCUUCAUCCUGUCUGACUCUGCACUGUACACUCAGAUCCUCCAGUACCAACCCGUGGUCCUGUCUCAGCUCCAGGAGCGGCUCAAGGCAGCUGGGAUCCGCCUGGGUGCCGCUAAGCUGGUGGACUACCUGGACUCUCAGUGCAUCACCUUUACCACCGCCAAGCCUGGCCACUCGGCCCCGAGCCGCAGGAGGGGCAAGAAGACGAAGGCGGGGAGGGGUGGUGGAGCAGGCAGGAAGAAAGUGGUGACAGCCGCACUUUAAAUCUGCAGGAGAACUCCAUGUAGGAGGAAGUGACAUCAUCAUGACUUUAAAGACUUUGGGCGCCAGAAUUAAAAAUGACGUCAACGUGUUUCUUGAACAGUUUGAAUUUUAAGUUAUUUAGUAUUUUUAAAUGAAGACGCUGUGAAAAUAAAAAAUGGUUAAUGUUU